UCCAAAUACGACAAGAUGGAUCCAUGGAUUUUCGUAAAACCUGGGCCGAGUACAAAGAAGGAUUUGGAAGCGCAUGUACUGACUACUGGAUUGGUAAUGAUGUCAUCAAUUCUUUGACGAGUGAAAUGAAUCAUGAGCUGCGCAUUGGAGUUUUAGGAUUUGAUUGCGAUAAAGCAUAUGUAACGUAUUCAUCAUUUCAUGUCGGGGAUGAGGACAGUGGAUACCCUAUCACUGUGUCAGGCUAUUCAGGGAAGGCUGGGAACAGUUUCCGCGACAACAAUGGGAGGAAGUUCUCGACAUUUGACCGCGAUAAUGACGAGGACGCCAAAAAUCACUGCGCAAAAGAGCACCAGGGAGCCUGGUGGUACAAGAAUUGUUACGACUCCAGCCUGAACGGGAAGAUGGCACAGUCUGCUAAGAUUAGUCUCAGCUACAUGACCUGGUGGGCAUGGAAGAAGAACUCUUUUGCAUUGAAUGGGUCUGUGAUGAUGAUCAGACCCAGAACCUACAAUUAAUGCAUUGUAUACCAUUCUUUCCAAUAAAACAGUUAA